AUGUCUACACCUUCGACGGGACAAGAACCAUUGCGUGGGGCAGCUGCCGCGCCGGUGCGCCGUUGGGUCACCGGUAGUACUGGUGCAGCAGCAGUUCCUGGCGCAGCAGGUCCUGCGGCCUGCACAAAGAUAAUCUUCCGGGUGCUUGGGCUGCUUCAUUUUUUCGACGGGCGUGGUGGUCUAUUCGCGCCAGCGUGGCACCAAAGUAAAAGAACCAACAGCAUUUUUCUAGCCGUGCAGGGUUUGCAGCUGGAGAAGUUGUUCUUGAAGCGGUCCGCUUCCUCUUCGUCCGCUCCGCCCGGUGGGGUCCACUUGUGUACUCGUUUUUCGGGCACGCCACAUCAAGCAGUAGCAGAACGAGCAGGACUACAGCUUCUUCACACGGCCGCAGGCACACCAGUAGCUGGGGAACAUCUUCAAGCUGCAGGAGAAUCGGAUACCGCUUCUCAAGAACCGAUUUCCUCGGGAAGAAGUGCUGCAGUAGCUGCAGUCCCAGGAGAAGAGCUACAAGGUCCGUCUGCAGCUCCGUGGUGCGAAGAUCUUCAAGAUGAUGCCACGGCGGGCGUCCGCAUCUCCUUUUUAUCCCUAAAGCAGCGUACACAACUCCCAAUCCUAAACCUCAACGGCGACACAAUCAGUCACGUGUCUCUGCCGGUGGAGAGCAUGGAUAAUUUCCGAAAGGAGUUUUUCGAAAAUUAUCUCUUGGGCCGCGCAGAUGAAGUUGCGAGGACAACAGGACGAGAUCAUACUGCUGGCUAUGCAGGCGCCGGUGGUACAGGUACUAGUGGGACUACUGCAAUAAAAGGAAAUGUGGGCCAC